CUACUUUCCCAUAACAUUUAUAUUAUGUAACCAUUACUCUCAAAUACAACCGACUAUAAACAUACAUACCAUCCACAAAAAAGCAAUAAAUAUUUCAUGGAGGUAUGAGGUCCCCGAACUAUAGUUGUAAACUGUCAUUUACCAGUUGAGUGUAUGAGUGACUCAAUAAGAAUAUCAGCCAUGAUUGUUAUGCUGGUCUACUUGUGUGGGUGAAAGGUCAUACAUGUACCUGCAGCCUCAGGUACCAAGAUGAAAAUUUCUUUGUGUGGUUUGACUUUACUUAUCAUUUGCAUUUAGUCAUUGACUCUGUCAGGCCACACAAAUUUGUUGUUUUGUAUCUCAGAUUUUCUCAUCACUUGUUUGAGUGGAAAAACAAAGCUACAGGAUAUGACUUAUAUGUCAAUUGAGUUUCAGGAAUAGAUAUAGUCACAUGAAUGUGCAUGUAGUCUGUUCCCUGUUGUUCAUCUUGUUCCAAUUCAUGUUCUCUUGCUAGAUUUUUACUUGAAAAGAACCAAGAUAAUAGAUUGAAUCUGAAGUGGCAUAAAGAAGUAAUUUUAUCACAUUUUUCAUGGAAAAACCCAUCUUUCGUGAUCAUUGUUUGCAAGUGAUUUUGCAUGUUGUAACCAUACCACUUGCGCUUGACACAUGUACAUGUACAUGUAACCACCCAUGACCUACAAUUUUGUAACUCCUGGUCACCUUUUAUAUUUCAAAGCAGUAGUUUGGUUUCUGUAAUCUUUUAGGCAUGAAUUGGCUAUAUCAAGUACACAAACAUGUAAUAUGUACAAGUCUCAAGGUUGGUAUUGGUGUCAAGAGGAUUGAUUUUAUAUCAAAGGAUAUACAUGUAUGUUGAGAGUUAUUGGUAUAUCAGGAAGCAAAAUAAUAUUGGCACUGUAGCAUGCAUUAUAAGCAUAUUGAUUGGCACUGUCUGUGGUCAGAUGUGAAAUGAGGACACAGAGAAAAUCCAUAGGGCAGACCUGAACUUUGCUUCCCUAUGAUUAUUGACCUGUGUAAUAUAUACCCUAUUCCUCGGCAAUUUUCCUCCACUCAUUCAAGUUGAACGGCACAGGGAAUCAAUACUACGGGAAGUGCAAUAAUUGGGUUUUACAAAGCGUAAGUUGACGUAUGGUCCAGGUUUUUAUUACCUUCGUCACAGUUGCUGAGUCAUGGGAGUCUGUGGAAAGUACAGGAUGACAUUGAGCUUGACUGUAGGCCUAGGUGCAUGUCAGCUAGCUUUUAGUAUCAGCUGUACAUCAAGUUCAGAUAUUGUGAGAUGUACAUGAGUAUAGAAAAUCUAUUCAGUGUUAUGGAAUUAUAAGAAUGUUAUCUGUAACUCUUCAAAUAUACAAUCAUGUAAGUAGUGUUUCCAAAGCAAACAUCCUAGUAUCUGUACUGCAUUUCCUUGAUCACACUGUUAUUAAUACAUGAUUUUGUUGUGUAACUACUUAAGCUUGUUUGAUUCAGCACUCCAUUAUAAUGUACAGAUGUUGUCAAAAUGACAAAAUCUUACUAAGGGUGCAUGAUCAAUCAAAACACAAUGUCAUUGUAUAUUUAGCUGGAUUAUGCCAACUUAAGGAGCUGUUGGAUUUUGAACUUUAGUUUCGUUAAAGGUGGGUAUUUCUUUCCAUUAAUGGUCUUAUUUCCAAGGUUGCUAAAAUUCACUAAUGUUACAUUUAGAUUGUAAGCUGUAUUGAGUUUAUGGUAUGAUGAAAAUAAUAUGGGCAAUGAAAUGGUAACUCAGUUGUUUCACUGAUGUAUUCACUUAACAGACUCCAAUUUGAUAUUAAGUCUUAACAUUUUUUGACCUUCACAACAAGUCACCCAAAAUGUCAACUAUAAAUCAACUGUGACCCUGGCUAGCUGUACGUAAGAGACACCUACCUACCAUUUCUGUAUUGCAGGAAUUCCCUUUCUGCCCUUUCUGAGGUUAAAUAUUAAAUGGCCCACCGAUAUUAUAAAGUCACAAUCACCAUGUAGGAAACAUAUACACGUAAAUGUAUUGCUGUGCAAUUUUGGACAAUAACGCACUUUUUGAUAAAGUUACACUUUUGAGGGGACUAAUGUCAAACCAGUUAAACUCACUGUGGCAGAGCUUAUCCUCACCGACAGUGAAAGACGGAUAAGUCCUUGGAUAAAUGUAGUACAUGCAGGUUCAUGGCAUGGCAACAUUUGCCUCUUUCUGAUAUGGCUUCCAAAGGACUGCGACUACUUCCAGUAGUGCCUGCCAGGUGAGCGAUAACAGCCGGCCGCCAGGCUUGAAAUUCCAAAUUCUUGUUCUAGAGGCAGGAUGACACACUUCAGGUAUAUUGACAGUUUCAAAUCACAUGGGAUCCAUCCAAUGCAUGAUGUAUGGUAUGCAGUUGAUGGCGAAGACAUUUUUAACAGUGAAGACACAUUCUCCUGGUACCAGUUUUAGCGAUAACACUCCAUAGUAAUCUCAUCUAAGAAAAUGUUUCGCCAUCUUCACAAAGCUCAAAAAUUGGAUCUGCUUGACAGACUCAGAAAUCCAAUAAUCACCUAGGAUGGUGGCAGUACCCUGACCUACAUUGUACAUUGUUCUCCUGAGUUGUAGAUAUUUCCUUCCUUGUUGCUGCCUUUAACAGUCUUUACUUUAUCAUCAAUCAUUUCUCUACCUUUCAGUCUGUGCUGUUAUUUAUAAAGGGGUUUAUGUAUUAUAAGUUGUUCCAAGUACUGUAAAUGUACAAAUGUCUGAUCUCCCACCAAUAUUACAUGUGGCUGCAAGCUUGAUGUGCUGUCAAGAAAUUAGUGCAUCAACAAGCAAUACAAUAUACAUUUGUUAUGUGAAAUGAGGUAAAUCACUACGAUAACAAUAAAACAUGGAUCGUAUAUAUUGUACGUAUUACAGGAAAAAAAAAAGACUUGAAAAAAAGGACCCUUAUAUCAUCUAAUGGUGUAUUUUCAACAUGUUUUUGCAGUGUCUAGUGCCCUCUUAGGCAGAAUUUGCUGGAACUCAUCCAGUCUAAAUGUGAACCUCUUCACACUGUCACAGGUGCAAACAUCAGUUCUAAUGGCCAGUGGGAGGCACUGACCCGCUCUACAACAAAUCAAGCCCCAAUGCAUGAGAUAUUGGAACUGUCACUUCAGUCCAAGGUUCCUAUCCUUUACGCUUCUCAACUGUGGCAGAUUCAUUCCCCCUCGGGAGGUCUCCUUGUGCAUGUCUUAGGUUUGUUUCAUUGGUUGCAACUUGUUUCUACAAUUCCCUGCCUAAAGCCGACACACCGUGCACACAAUCAUUCAACAGAACAUUCAUCCUUUUAUUGGCAAUACUUGCAGGCAUGAAAUAAUACCAAACAGUUGUCUGAGAUGAAUCACAGCCAUUAAAUGUCAGUGAUUGAACAGGCAGUGUUGACAGGAUUUUGUCGCCUGUGGUACAAAAUGUAUUGGACUUUUCUUUGCUGAUUUUGGAGACAUCAUCUCCCAAAAUAUCCAGCUUUGUCAAGCUGUCUAGAACAAUGCAAUAAAGGAUUCCCAUGUACUUCCCUGUCAUCAGCAUACUAAGCACAAUUCCAGACCUUUAUGACUAAUAUACUUUUACUUUCAGCUACUUUCAUGAUUAUGCUGUAGACUGCUGCUUUUAAAUUGUAAAAAAAGAAAAGUAUUGAUAAUGAUCUACUAACGGCAACAGCAAUCCCUACGGUAUUCUUGCUAUUGAUGAAAGGACCUCUUUAAAACUUGUCUUAAUGUGAUUAUUUUGUGUGCUUGGCAGAACUGCAGAAUUAUGAGACUGAAAAAUAUUCUUGUCCUUUUUUUAAAUCAGGCAAAAGUUAUUGAGCGUCAUCCAUAAAAUUAACUUGCUGUGACCUGACCAAUGUACACCAUCUAGCAUUCCACAUGCCAAGCUACUAAGAAGGCAGCAAAAGCAUUGUGCAUUAUAGCUGCAAACACAGGGAUAUAACCACAAAACCUCCUUCAACAGGUGACCCUCUUUCCCAGAGGUAAUGAGAUCCCUAAUUUACCAUUUGAAAUGUAUCUGAUGCUGAAUGUUAAUGCUGAAUUUUUCAUUCUUUAACCAGUGCUAACUCAUUGUAUGUUGUAAAAUUGACCAUUUGGCAGUGCAACAUACAUAUAAAUCUCCAAAUUUUCAAUAAAAUCUCUUUUACCCAGUAACACUAAUACUGAGUUACCACAUAUUGGCCAUAUUUUGUGGUAACACAUCCCCUGUGUGGCCCUGAGGUCGGUCCCCAUGUGAGGAAAGUGAACUAUUUAUAGGAGGGUGCAACUGGCUGGGAAGAAACAUGAGCUGUUUUAGUCAAUGCUUGUCUGCAUCAGGGUUAACUGCUAGAACAACUAUAUAAUACUGCAAAAUAUUAUACAGCCUAUACACUGUUGUCCAUUGGUGUACAUUGGCACCUUGGCACAUGUUAAAAGACAUCUUAAGAAUCUAAGUGUCCCUCAUAACUAACUGUUUAAGCUACCUGAAGAAGAAACCAAGACAGGAUGGCUGCUACAGUCCGACAGUGGACCAGUCAUGACGUGCAGGCAUGGCUGCUCAGUCUAAACAUACCAUGUGACGCCCCCUUGUUGCAGGCAGCAGAUGGCAAGUUCUUAUGCCAGCUCCACUCCCUUAGGGCUGAGGCACCAGAAUUCUUUCAUCAAUGUCUUAGAAGAGACCUUGGCUUUGAAGACCUGCGAGACCUUCUGAACUUUGCAGAUGCACUCAAGAGUCUCCCAACACAAGAUUCAGUCUUGCACUCUCCAAGUGAUGAGACCAGAGACACUGCUCAAAAGACAUCUCCAGAAAUUGAGAAACCCACUCAACCCAUUAAAGAAGGCAGAAAGACUACACCUAUGGCAGAGGAGAAUCCAGCUUUUGAGCAAAAGGCUGCAGUCACCAUAGCAACAGAAGAAGCUGGAUCUGCUGAAGCCUCCAUGCAGGAUGUCCCUGGUGCUAAGGAGGACUCAACUUCUCCAGAGAGGGGUGUUUCAGCUUCCCUUACUGCACAAGAUGAGGGCGCUAGAGCAGAAUCACCUGCACUAGCAGCUGCUUUACAGGGUCUUCCACCUGUUGCAACAGGUGCCUCAGCUGCACCUGUACCAGUGGUGUCAUCUGCAGAAUUUGCGGCUCUUCUAAAAAGGGAGCUUGCCGUAGCCUUGGAGCGUACCUCUCAAGGCUCACCCUCCCCACCACCAACAGGUCAACAGAGCUCUUGUGGAAAGGAUGAGUCAAAAGAUGAGACAGACACUAAGAGAAAAGACUAAGAGGAAAACCCUGAGUCUACAAUAUCAAAAAUACAAUUGCCUUACAUGUAUGAUGCUCAUGUUGUUAAUCUAAUAUCCAAGCCCCCUGUACACCAUUAUGCACAAAAGCUGCACAUUACAAGCAUUACUUCUUUAGCCAUUUUACUACAUGCAUUGUAACAGAUGGCCUAUUUUCACCAGCCAUACAAAGUGAGAAGUCCAUGAUGUGAACCGUGGCUUGAGAGACAUACAUGGUGACUCCCAGGUGCCAGGUCUGAUCAAGACUGGUUCCACACGUACAGCGCCACAAGCACCAGCUGACCCAGACUCCAUGACAUUUUCUAUUUUUGUAAAUCUGUGCUCUAGGACAAGACAUGAGCGGAAUACUAAUUGUAACAGAACGGUUGGGAGUAGCAAGUCCAAGUCUUAUGACAUUGUACAUUAUAUAAAGAAAAAUGUAUGUUGUAGCAAACAAACAAAAACAUGCCUCCAUUUACCAUGUAUUGUCAAUUGUUUGUCCUUAUAGGCUAUAUUAUAAUAGUGCCUGACAAUAAACA